AUGAGCACUUCAGCGUCUCGCAUUUUACUCUUGGACGGCGACGAACCGCUCGUUACGGCUCGCAAUGUUUCGUUGCCUGAAGAAUCGUUCAUUCAUGGAAAGCUCACUGGAAAGCUCGCGCGUCAGUUGCAAGAUACUUUGACGCUUUGCGGGUCAGCGACGCCGACGUGGUGCACUGCACUCGCUCGAGUCUGCCCUUGGUUGUUCCCUUUCGAGCUUCGUCACAAGCUCUUCAAAUGCGUCUCCUUUUCUCUGUCUCGCACGCUCCAUCACCUCCAUGGCAAUGGGAGCGAUAGUGGGGCGGUAACUACAGAUGGUGGACGCGAAAUUCGAAUCGGUCGUUUACAGCGACAAAAAGUCCGAGUGAAUCGAGGGCAAAUCUUCGAAAGCGCAAAGAAGGUGUUCGACAUUCCAAACACGCUCAAGAUGGUGCUAGAGGUCGAGUUUUUCGAAGAGGUGGGCACUGGUACUGGACCAACGCUUGAGUUCUUCACCUUGCUAUCGAAGCAGUUCAAGCGUCGCAAGUUGAAUCUCUGGCGGGACUCUGGUGUGGCAAACGAGGAUGAUCUCGUCGUAGCUCCUCACGGUUUGUUCCCGGCGCCAAUCACCCCGCCUCGGCUCGGCGGCAAGACUCACGCAAGUCGUCUGAAGAACUUCAAACUUCUUGGUCAAUCGAUAGGCAAAGUUUUACAAGAUGGUCGAAUGCUAGAUUUACCUCUGGCGCCGGCGUUUUAUCGAAUGCUUCUCGGGCGAUCGCUGGGACUCCACGAUCUCAUCGAAAUUGAUCCUGGUCUCGGAAACACGUUGCGACGACUCGACGCAGCCGCGAAUGAGAUCGAGACCAUGAAGCGCGAAGGUCGACCCGAAAGUGAAUGGAGAAACGUCACUGUUGACGGAGUGAAUAUCGAAGACCUGUGUCUCACGUUUGUCAUCCCGGGAGCUUCCAUGGAACUCAUCAAGGGUGGUUCGGAAGUUGGCGUGAACGAGGUCAACUUGCGAGAGUACGUGGACACCAUCGUCGACGCGUGCGUAGGAUCUGGCGUCGCGGCUUAUUUUGAAUCAGUUCGUACUGGUUUGGAACAAGUCGUUCCUCUCGCUAGGCUGCAGAUGUUCAACGAAAGCGAACUGGAAGCAGUCAUUUGCGGACAAGGUGAACAGUGGACGCCAGAAAUGCUCACCGAGUGCAUUACUUUUGAUCACGGCUACAAUGCGCUUUCUCCGCCGAUCAAGAACUUCUGUGACAUUCUCAGUGCUUUCACGCCGAAUCAACAACGGUCAUUCAUGCGAUUCGUCACUGGUGCACCGAGGCUUCCUCCUGGCGGCCUAGCGUCACUUCAACCGCGUCUCACUGUGGUUUGCAAGCAACCUUCCUCAACGGUUGGUUUGUCAUCCAUCGACUCUGCUCCCGUCGCGGCCGGAACGCCGCUGGCGGACGGCGACUUGCCUUCUGCGAUGACUUGCGCGAGUUACUUAAAGCUUCCGCCGUACUCAUGCAAGGAAAUCAUGCUGGAACGUUUAACUUACGCGAUGAGCGAGGGGCAAGGAAGCUUUGAUCUCUCCUAA